GCAAGGACAGUCCCGGCUUGUCUACAGUCAACCGCGCCUAGAUGAUGCUGUGCACAGCUUGUUGCCAAAUAUUUGUCGGUUCUUUGGACCAGAGAACUCAUACACACCAUCUUCAUGUCCAUGAUCUUGAACAAGCAGCUAUUCACAAAUGCCACAUAUGUCGGGUCUUGUGGAAUGCAGUUUCUGACCAUCCACGGCAGUCUAAACAGCCUAAAGAGUAUGAAAAGCCAUUCCCUAAUCCAGUUUCACGAUAUUAUAUUCGCUGCAAAUCUGCCGCCAGAAAAUCUAUCUUGGAGCUUGGCUUUACUGUGAACAAGAACGGCAUUGACACUUGGGGGAGGUCUAUUACUUUCUGCUUGCAAAACAUGAAUGUUGCUGGCAGCCAUAUUGAUAACAACGUAACUUAUAGUCCCAAUACGUGGGCACCUAGCAUGUCAGGCGCAUUGAAAUGGUUGUCGAGAUGCCAAGCUACCCACACCAGAUGCCGGUCAUCUUCAGUAUCUGGCUACACCCCCACGCGCCUUCUUCAGAUAGGGCAACCAAGCUUCGAAAAAAUUCGAUUAUCACUUUGUCCUCAAAGAGAAGGAACUGCAGUUCAAUACGCGACGCUCAGCCAUUGUUGGGGGACUUCAAAACCCUCUAACUACUCGACAUUGAAUUCGAUAUCACUGAAGAAUUUGCAUGAAGGAGUUCUUAUUUCAGAGUUGGACCAGGUGUUCCAAGACGCUGUGUUCACAGCUCGGUCACUGGGCCUUGGUUUUCUCUGGAUAGAUUCAUUGUGCAUAUUCCAAGACUCUAAGGCUGACUGGCAACGAGAGGCACCACUUAUGACCCAUGUGUAUUCAGGCGCAGUGAUAAAUAUCGCAGCAACUAUUGCGGCAGGAUGUGAUGUGAGCUGCUUCCCAGAAAGGGAUCUAUCUUUGAUUCAGCCGUGCAUCAUAAAAUCCGCCUGGGAUGACUGCGAAAAUCACCAGUAUAUUCUCUACCACAAUGACUUCAGGGAUGCCACGUUUAAGGAUCUGCCUUUGAUGAAACGAGCAUGGGUUGUUCAGGAGCUUUUGCUAGCGCCAAGGAUUCUUCAUUUAACAGGAAGCCAGCUGUUCUGGGAAUGCUAUGAAUUGAAUGCGUGUGAGACUUAUCCGGGAGGUUUACCGCCAAACAUUCAUGAGCAGUGGUUGACAAGAGAUAUCUUAUGGAAUUUGCGCUUUAGCUCCAAGAGCGACCUGGAACUUAUGGGAAGGAACACGGCAAAUGAGGAAAUCGACACCAUGAGGAAGCUGUGGAAGACAAUCGUGGAAAUCUACACCACAGCACGAUUGACAUAUGGAACAGACAAACUCAUAGCCCUCUCAGGAAUUUCGAAGAUUAUUGGGCGUUACCUUGGCGACGAGUACUGUGCUGGAUUAUGGAGGACAUCCCUUGUCACUGACUUGUUCUGGUUUGGCCCAUCAGUCAGAGGAGAAAAAUGUUCACGGCCCAACCCCUACCGUGCACCGUCAUGGUCUUGGGCUAGUGUGGACGGUCGAUCCUCUGUGCCAAUUUUCGUCAAUGGACAACUCGAAGAUAUACAGGCAUUAACCAAUAUAAUUACCUGUGAAGUCCAGACCGCUACGGGUGACCCCUUUGGAAUCGUUACAGGUGGCUUUCUGAGGGUUUCUGGGCCACUCGCAACAAUCCAACUUGAGCUCAAACAUGACGAUGAAUGGCAUGUUUUCUUUGAUGGUGCUUGGUGGAAUGAUAAAGUACGCCUUUAUAUCCGCCUCGACUGCACUCCUUCAACAUAUCACCUUCACUGUCUACCGUUGUUUCUUGAUAAUCAUCAGUUGCCAACGUGGAAUAUGUCAUGUCUUUUGCUUGAACCUACCAGGAAGGCUAGAGGCCAAUUCAAACGGGCUGGCAUUCUGCACGCCUUCUCUGGAGCAAUGGGAAUGCAGGUCUGGACAAAUUUUGAAGACACAAAGAAUGAAAACUGGCUCGAAUAUGAGAGUAGGUGUGAUGGUGGUGGAUAUGUGAUUACUAUUUUGUGAAUAUUAUGUAUGCGAGAG